CUGGGCUUCGUGUCUUCGAGCGACUGGCUCAAUCUCGAUGUCUCGUUGGCGGAUCAGGGUCGAGAGGACUUUCUUGCCAACGGCCCCGUCAAGCUAAGCGCGCUCUACGUCGAACAGUCCAACCUCAACGUGACCCUCAAGCCCGGAACGGUCUUUUUCGACGACGUACACGUCACCACGAGCGGCGGAUCGCAGGUGCUGCUCGACGGGUUCGACUCCACCGACGCUUGGUCUCUGCUCAAGACAACCGAGAACUCCAUCAGCGACGAGCUCAAGCCUUCCGCGGAGGUCUUCGACGAUGUGGCAGGGGCAGCAGUAUUCACCUGGGCAAGGGGCGAGCCGCUGACGCCGCGAGGCAUCUUCGUCGGCGAUGAGCAGCCCCCUAUCAAGGUGCUCGCCAGCAGGGCCUUCCUGACCGGAGAACCAUCGCGUCGGGGACGAGUUCGAGGUAUCCGUCGACCGCGCGCGUAUACCCGUCUCCAUCGUCGGCGGUAG